AUGCCCAUCCGAGGAGACAGGUUAUAUCAUCAUCAGGCGGCCAGCCAUGGCAAGGAUCUGUCAGCCUGGUUCGGGGCCUCCAGCAUGGAAGAGACCAUAUGGGAGCAGUACACAGUGACCUUGCAGAAGGAUAGCAAAAAAGGCUUUGGAAUUGCAGUCUCUGGGGGAAAAGAUAAUCCACACUUUGAAAAUGGUGAACCUUCCAUUGUCAUUUCUGAUGUGCUUAUUGGGGGUCCAGCUGAUGGAUUUUUACAAGAGAAUGAUCGUGUGGUUAUGGUCAAUGGAACAUCUAUGGAUAAUGUGCUCCAUUCGUUUGCAGUACAACAGUUAAGGAAAUGUGGAAAAACAGCCGUCAUUGUGGUGAAAAGACCUCGGAAAUUUCAGAUUACAGCAUCAAGGCGGACCCCUUCUCCUGAGCCUGACCCUAGAGCCUUUGAGACUCUUGAUGAUGAUGGACAUUUUGACCGCAGAAGUGCAUACAGUGGUUACAGCGAGAGCUGGCAAAGUGGAAGUGGCCGGCGCAGCAGGGAAUCCAGUCCAGACCGAGGCUAUGGAAGAGAUCAGGAAAGAGGUCGAUCUUAUGAUAAAGAGCCGGAUUAUGUCCGGGGAAGGAGUAGAGAACGAAACCUAGAUGAUGACAACUACAGACGGGAACGCAGUCGUGGUAGGAGCAUUGAUCGGGACUUGAGUGAAGAACGCAAAUAUAGGAGGGAUCGGGGAAAGAGCGUGGACAGGGAAGAGUCAUUUGAACAAAGUUACAGUGGGGACUAUAGCCCAGAAAGAGGAAAUAUUCAGAAAUCUCAAACCGACUACAGAAUUGAAAAAGACCUGCUUCACCGCAGUCGAGAUAGACUUCAGUCCCACAGUCCGUCGCCCGAACUGCAUGCAGCACGAAAGGGUCAGGAAAAACCCGUCAGUGUACUCCUUGCCAAAAAGAAAAAGAAUGAAGAAUUUGGUUUGCGUCUGGGCAGCCAGAUAUUCAUUAAGGAAAUGACAGACGCUGGUUUAGCAACAAGAGAUGGAAACUUGAAUGAAGGAGACAUUGUUCUUAAAAUCAAUGGCACUGUGACAGAAAACAUGUCCUUAGCUGAUGCACGGAAGUUGAUUGAGAAGUCAAGAGGAAAACUGCAGCUGUUGGUGCAGAGAGAUGUCCAACAAACUUUGAUUAACGUUCCUUCUGUGCACGACAGUGACUCUGACAUAGGAGAUAUUUCCGAGAUAGAAUCCAAUCGUUCUGGCUCCCCUGUGGAGGAUUUGAAAUUGCACCACUCAGACUCUCAUUCUUCCAAUGAGAAGCUAAAAGAAAAAGCAACCUCUAAGGAGGAUCCACCCAACAGACUGACCAAGAUGGGAGCCAUGCCUACUCCUUUUAAAGUAGUGAACAGAGCUGAGAGCCCUGCUCCCGUUAGUGUAAGCCCAGUGGUUCCAGAGACCAGCCCAGAGCCAGAAUCAGAAGACAUUCCAGUUCACACAGUAGAAAAGCUUGUAGUGAUUCGAAAGCAGUUUCUGCAGCCCAAUCCUGAAGAUUUGGAGAUCUAUGGGCCUAAUACAAGAAUGAUUCAGUUUCGGAAAGGUGACAGCGUGGGCAUGCGGCUUGCUGGUGGUAAUGAUGUUGGUAUAUUUUGUUGCUGGUGUUCAGGAAGGAAGUGCUGCUGAGCAGGAAGGCCUACAAGAAGGAGAUCAGCUGCUCAAGGUCAAUACACAAGACUUCAGAUGCAUUGUUCGAGAAGAUGCAGUUUUAUAUUUGCUGGAAAUUCCAAAAGGAGAUGAAGUUACCAUUUUAACUCAGAGCAGAUAUGAUGUCUACAAAAACAUACUUGCCUGUGGCCGGGGAGAUUCGUUCUUCAUAAGGACUCAUUUUGAGUAUGAGAAAGAGGCUCAGCAAUUUUUAGGAUUCACAAGAGGCGAGAUUUUCAGAGUGGUUGAUACACUAUAUGAUGGGAAGCUUGGCAGCUGGCUGUCUGUGCGGAUUGCCAAUGAAUUGGAGAAGGGACUUAUUCCAAGUAAAAGCAGAGCUGAUCAGCUGGCCAGUGUACAGAAUGCACAGAGAUCUGCAGCUGGAGAUAGAGCUGACUUCUGGAAAAAUCGAGCCCAAAGAUCUGGAGGCAAGAAAAAUGUGAAGAAAAGUCGCGAUGACCUAGCAUCACUUUCUCUAAUCAGUACCAGGUUUCCUGCCUAUGAGAGAAUCAUGUUGAGAGAAGCUGGCUUUAAAAGACCGGUUGUGUUGUUUGGCCCAAUUGCUGAUGUAGCAAUGGAGAAGCUAGCAAAUGAUAUGCCAGAUUUGUUUCAAAUAGCAAAGACAGAGCCAAAAGAUGCUGGUUCGGAAAGGGCAAGUGGUGUAGUGAGGCUGAAUACUGUUAGACAGAUCAUUGAACAGGACAAACAUGCUCUUAUGGAUGUUACACCAAAAGCUGUGGACCUGUUGAACUAUACACAGUGGUUCCCUAUAGUUGUGUUGUUUAACCCAGACAGUAAGCAAGGAGUGAAAACCAUCAGACAAAGACUGUGUCCACAGUCAAACAAAAGCUCCCGGAAACUAUAUGACCAAGCAAAUAAACUUAAGAAGACAUGUAGUCAUCUGAUUACAGCUACUGUUAACCUAAAUUCAUCUAAUGACAGUUGGUAUGGAAGCCUGAAGGAUAUGAUUAAAGAUCAACAGACAGAGGCAGUCUGGGUGUCAGAAGGAAAGGCAGAAGGAGCAGAUGAGGAUGAAGAUCGCAUGUCCUACCUGACUGCAAUGGGAGCAGACUACUUGAGCUGUGACAGCCGAUUGAUCAGUGACUUCGAAGACACAGAUGGUGAAGGAGGAGCAUAUACAGACAAUGAACUUGAUGAACUUGUUGAUGAUCCUGUACCAGUUUCUGCCAUUAGUCGAUCUUCUGAACCUGUCCGCCCAGAAGAGACCACAGUAAAACCAGUUCCAGAGCCAAGGAGUCAGCUGAAAGGUGCAGGCAGCAGAGAAGUGCUACGAGAGCCCAGUCCACCACCAUCAUUUAAACCUGAACCUCCCAAGGUCAAAGCACAAAGCAAAGACGAACUGUACGAUUCACCUCGCAGUUAUGAUGCUAAACGGAGUAGCUCUAGUGUAGCCAGCAGUGAAGCCUCAGCAGGUUCUGGCAAAGCUCUUCCACCCCCAACGGCUGUUAAACCUGUGCUUGCUACAAAACCCAUAAUAAAGCCUCCUGUCAGUGUUAACCCCCUCCUGUGGGAAAUAUUAAUGAAGGCCCAGUUGAGGAAGUGACAAAUGCCCCCAAGUCUGUUUUAGGGAAAGUGAAAAUUUUUGAGAAAAUGGACCUCAGUGCAAGACAACAAAGGAUGCAGGAGUUACAUGAGGCACAAAAUGCACGGUUGGAGCUGGCACAGAAACUUCCUGAUAUUUAUGCGGUACCUAUAAAAGCACAGAAAAAUGACCAGAAUCGAUCACAGGCAGUAAGUUCCAGGCAUCCAGAGCCUCAAAAACCACCAGGCUGGUCCUACACAGACCAUAGGGGAAGCUAUGGAAGUGAUGAUGAAGAAGAGGACUAUCGUCGACAGUUGGCUGACCAAUCAAAACGUGGAUUUUAUUCACAUAAAUACAGGGACACUGAGCUCUGA